AUCGAAAAUAUUGGAGAUUCCAUCUUCUUCUUCUUCUUCUUCUUCACAGCUUCAACCAAAACAAUCCCAUUUAAAACUUGGCAAAAAAGAAGAAAAAUCCGUGUUUCAAUGGCGUCUCUGACCCCAAUUUCCCAGUCCCACUCCUUUCUUAAAAGACCCAACCUUAAAACCCCUCCACCUCCCAAUUUCUCUUCCAGUUUUAUCAUCAAGGAUUUCCCAUAUUCCAAGGCUUCUCUUAAACUUCCCAGGAGGGUUACUAGGAACGUCGUCGUGUCGUCCACGACGGCGGAGAAGCCCAGGAAGAGGUACCCCGGCGAGGCUAAAGGUUUCGUGGAGGAGAUGAGGUUAGUGGCUAUGAAAUUGCAUACUAGAGACCAAGCAAAGGAAGGAGAGAAGGAGGUGAAACAGCCUGAAGAACGGACCGUUAAGGUAUGGGAGCCCACCGUUGAUGGCUACUUGAAGUUCCUUGUUGACAGCAAGUUGGUUUACGAUACGCUUGAAGGGAUUAUUGAUAAGGCUGCUUUCCCUAGCUAUGCUGAAUUCAGGAACACUGGAUUGGAAAGGUCAGAGAAGUUGGCGAUGGAUUUACAGUGGUUCAAAGAGCAAGGCUAUGCCAUUCCCGAACCAUCUUCUCCCGGUGUUACGUAUUCCGAGUAUCUUAAAGAAUUAUCCGAUAAGGAUCCACAAGCAUUCAUAUGUCAUUUCUACAACAUUUAUUUUGCACACUCGGCAGGUGGCCGGAUGAUUGGGAAGAAGGUAGCUGAGAAGAUACUUGACAACAAGGAGUUAGAAUUUUACAAAUGGGAUGGUGACCUUUCCCAAUUGUUACAAAACGUGAGGGACAAGCUGAACAAAGUAGCUGAGAGCUGGACUCGAGAGGAGAAGAAUCAUUGCUUGGAAGAAACCGAGAAAUCGUUCAAUUAUUCAGGGGAGAUUCUUAGAUUGAUACUGUCAUAGGUAUGCCAAGCAUAACUGGCAUAGUAUGUUCUGGACUCUGUGCUAUCAAAUCUGGAAUUGUUAUGGGAUUUCAAGUCAAAUACUCAACACUGUGGACUGAACUUGUUAACACAUUUAUCAACUUUUAUUCGUAUUCCUUGAUU